GGCGAGAGCUGUGCGAGGCAAGUGUCUUGGACGCUGUUUCUGGUUUUCAUCACACAGACAGACCAGCUCUUCUGCAAAGAUGGUCAACGUACCUAAAACCCGAAGAACCUUCUGUAAGAAGUGUGGCAAGCAUCAGCCUCACAAAGUGACACAGUAUAAGAAGGGCAAGGAUCCCUUGUAUGCCCAGGGAAAGAGGCGCUAUGAUCGGAAGCAGAGUGGCUAUGGUGGGCAGACAAAGCCAAUUUUCCGGAAGAAGGCCAAGACCACAAAGAAGAUUGUGCUCCGGCUGGAAUGUGUUGAGCCUAACUGCAGGUCCAAGAGGAUGCUGGCCAUUAAGAGAUGCAAGCAUUUUGAACUGGGAGGAGAUAAGAAGAGAAAGGACCAAGUGAUCCAGUUCUAAACUUUGGGACUUUUUCUUUUAACAUUGGAAAGAAAAUGUUGAAGCCGUAGAAAAAUUACCUGUUGGAAAAUAAAUACAGUGAUAUUCUUACGCAAAAAAAAAAAAA